UCGGUCACAGGAUCUUUGAAUUACAACCUAAUCAGUUGUCCAACAAUCUUCUCCCCAUAACACAACAUCCUUUGUUACGCAUGUAAUCACCAUGUUGUCUCUGAGAACCCCGCGGCACAUACUGCGUGCAUCAAAAGCAAUCACAUGUCGAAACUUUAGCAGCUCCCCUGUGAAUGCUGCCGCUGCGGAGGUCAAGAAAAUAGGGGUUAUUGGUGCUGGGCAGAUGGGCUUAGGAAUAGCGCUUGUUGCUGCGCAAAAAGCAGGGCUCACGGUCAGGGUUAUUGAUAACUCUCAGGCAUCUCUAGACAAAGGCUUGAAGUUUGCAGAUAAACUGCUUCAGAAGGAUGUUGGUAAGGAGAGGAUCACGAAAGAACAAGCGACAUCAAUUCGUCAGCUCCUGAUACCAAGUACGAAGAUGGAGGAUUUGUCUGACGUUGAUUUCGUCAUUGAAGCUGUUCCUGAAAUACCAGACUUGAAGAACAAGAUUUUCGGCCAGCUCGCCGAGAUCUGUCCCUCGCACGCUAUUCUCGCUACCAAUACCUCCUCUAUAUCUAUCACGAAGAUUGCGGCGGCGACAUCUAAAGACCCGACAAACCUUUCGGCUCCAUCUCGUGUCAUCAGUACACACUUCAUGAACCCAGUACCUGUCCAGAAGGGCGUAGAAAUCAUCAUUGGACUGCAGACUUCACAAGAUACCAUUGAUACAGCACUUGAUCUGUGCAGAAAGAUGGGCAAGAUUCCUUCGCAGAGCGCAGACUCGCCUGGGUUUCUUGCAAAUAGGAUAUUGAUGCCAUAUAUCAAUGAGGCCAUCAUAUGCCUCGAAACUGGAGUUGGCAAACGAGACGACAUUGACAGUAUCAUGAAGAAUGGGACGAAUGUUCCGAUGGGUCCUUUACAACUGGCGGAUUUCAUUGGCAUUGACACAUGCUUGGCUAUCAUGAAGGUUCUAUACGAAGAGACGGGUGAUAGCAAGUAUAGGCCUGCUGUGCUACUAAGGAAAAUGGUUGACGCUGGCUGGCUUGGUAAGAAGAGUGGGAAAGGAUUCUACGAUUACUAGAUGUCCGAAUUAAGAGUCACACAAGAUAAAGACAAAUCCAGCACUCCUAGCAACCACGCGGUCAGGGUAAGGUAUCAUUGAUUGUGUUCAUCGUAAGGUACGAUCUACGAAGCCAUCAAGCUGGCACGUUAAGAUCAUUCCAACAUCCACCGUUACAUCAUGCUGGGAACCUUUCACUUUGCCGUCUUGUCUUGUGCAGCUUUCUCGAGUAUGUGAGUAGGGUUAGACUCAAGACCACUCUUCGUCUUGUCCGAAGCGUCCUUGGAAUCGUUGCUGCCAGCGGGGGCGCCGCCCUGGUCGUUCGGCUUCGCUUGAGUGCCAGCUUGGUCGCUGGUCUGGUUCUCUGGGUCAGGCGAUUGGCGGCCUUGGUUUGGGGCAGACAUUCUGGCUGAUUUGAG